CCGAAACGGGGCGACAAGGAAGUAGUCCCCGAAAGUUCCCUACUCUGUUUCUCGACGACUGUUGUUCUCCCAAUCGCUGUCAUUCUUCACCUGUGAGUCCAAUCCUAGAGCCAAGAGAGAAAGAGAGAGCCCCCACAGAUCCAGAUUAAGAGGCUCUCCGCCCCUCUCUUGAUAUCUUAUCUCAAUUCUCGCCACACCACCUUGUCUUCAUCCCCCCUCUCUCUUUCUCCCGCGAAUCCCCAAUAUAUAUAUACAUAUCUAAAAGAACCUUCUUUACUCCUAAUCGAACCUAUCUGCUCCACAGUUUUCUUAGUUGUAUUCUGAAGGAGAGCUUGUCUGAAACCCUAUCGAAUCGUCGUUGUGCUUCAACGCCGCACCAAUUGACGACGUAGUAGAGGGGUUUUGACUUAUGGCGCUGAUAGUGCUUGCCCUUAUGGAGAUCAUGAGUAAGCCGACGCUUGGUGGCUUACUGUCGGAGUUGGCUUUCUUCGCUGCACCGCUUUGGGUCGCCGUCUUCGUGGGGCUUCUUGUUGGUUGGGCAUGGAGGCCAGGAUGGGCGACUGGUUUGGUUGGUGGAGAAAAGGUGAACCAUAAAGAGAGCAAAGAUGCAUUAUCCGGAUUGCAGCUGGUGGUUCCGAGGUUGGACUCUCCGUCAAAAGAGAACGAGAAUUUGGCAGUGAAAUUGGAGGAUCUUCAGAACCUUUUCGCUCUUGUUGAAACAACAGAUGGUGGACCAGCUUGGAUUCCCAUGAUGAACAAGAGCUCGUCGACCAUGAGCUACCAAGCUUGGCGCAGAGACCCACAGAAGGGCCCACCACAAUAUCGCAGCAGAACUAUAUUUGAUGAUGCGAAGCCUGAAACUGUGAGGGACUUCUUUUGGGACGAUGAGUUUCGGAUGAAGAAUAGGUGGGAUGAUAUGCUUCUGUUUCAUGAAUCCUUGGAGGAGUGUCCUGUUACUGGAAGAAUGUUAGUUCAUUGGAUUCGAAAGUUCCCCUUCUUCUGCAGUGACAGGGAGUACACUAUUGGUCGUAGGAUAUGGGAAGUAGAUGGAGCUUAUUACUGUGUCACUAAGGGAGUACCCCUCUCCUCCAUACCUCGCCGGAGUAAAUCCAGGCGUGUGGACCUCUACUACUCCAGCUGGUGCAUUCGUCCCGCUGAAUCGCGGCGAGGCGAUGGUCAGUUAACUGCCUGCGAGGUUCUUCUAUUCCACUAUGAAGACAUGGGCAUCCCUUGGGAGAUUGCCAAGCUCGGUGUCCGGCAAGGCAUGUGGGGCUGUGUUAAGAAGAUCGAACCUGGACUCCGCGCAUACCAGGCGGCCAGGAAGUCCGGCGAGCCGCUUUCCCGCUGCGCCUUGAUGGCACAUAUUAACACCAAGGUGACUCCUGGGUACCUGAAGUCGCUCGGGCAUCGCCAUGAUCAAUCUGAUGACAUUGUUGAAGAAGCUGAGAAGAAGCCAUUGGGGAGCAAUAUGUCUAAGUUUGUUCUCCUCGGCGGAGUUCUGGCGCUCGUCUGCACGGUCGAUCGCGGGCUGAUCACCAAGGCCAUCAUUUUUGGUGUUGUGAGGGGAUUUGCAAAGAUUGGGAGGAGAUUGUGAUGUGGAUUUGCAUGUGUUUUUGUGUGAUUUAUGGAGCUGUAAUCCUUUUGGCCAUUUGCAGGAGGGGUUUCAGUGAGUAGAAAUUUUGUGAUUCAGAGAGCUGUAUGGAAAAAGGCAGAAAUGACUCUUGACUGCAAUCUGUGAUCUGUAAUCCUAUUUUAUUUUUUUUAAGAUAUAUAUAGAUGCCACUUA